AAGUCGUAUUUUUAUUGAGCCUUAACUUAUCUGAGGUUCACAAGGGCGGCUGUGGAAACAUGUUUGAUGAGGGGUUUACCCGAUCGAGAGUAACAUUACAUAAGUUGAGUCAUACCUAUAAAUGAAAUAUCACCAAAUCUCAGUGAUUGAGUGGCUUAUCAAUCAAUUAGUGUAUAUAUUAUUGUUUUUACAAAAGCCUUAUAGUACAGUAGUAAUCGGGCGUUGCUAAAAUCAAGAUCAUUAUAUACAUAUUAUUGGAUCAUAAUGAAGUUCUACGCGCUUAUGUUCCUUAGUUUUGUCGUAUCAUCACAAAGCUUUCCAGCGAAAUUUCAAAGGUCUAAUAAAAUAUCAUACUGCUACCCAUUCCCAUUCGUAUCGCGUGAAGAAUGGAAUGCGAAACCACCAACAUCUAUAACAGAACAGAACACGCCAGUACCCCUAGUGAUAAUACAUCAUAGCUACAUACCAAAUGUUUGCCACAGUCGGGCAGAAUGCGCUAGAUCAAUGCGCUCUAUGCAGUAUGCACAUCAAAUAACAAAUGGAUGGAACGAUAUUGGAUACAACUUUGCAGUGGGCGGCGAUGGAGUAGUGUACGAGGGUCGAGGGUGGAACCGCGUCGGCGCACACGCAGCUGGUUUCAACACUAACAGCAUUGGCAUUGUCUUCAUUGGUGAUUGGGUGUCUACCAUCCCUGCAAAGUUGCAACUGAAUGUUGCAAAGGAACUUGUGAAGGUUGGUGUGGAACUGGGUUACGUGAGUCGUGAAUAUAAGCUAAUUGGUCACCGGCAAGUUGGAGCGACAGAAUGUCCUGGCAGUGCGCUAUUUAAAGAAAUAAGUACUUGGGAACGAUUCGCGUCUUCGUUAUAAUAUUUACAUUUGACAUCAUCAGUAGAAAAUUUGUUCAUAAUAUACUUAAUGUAAUUGCUACUGAUAGUUUUAUGAUUAUCAGCCAGUAUAAAUAAAUAAAUAUAUAACAUUGUAACUUGGUUAAAGUUUAUAGGCCCUUUUUACGAAUCUUUAGCUGUCACUUAAACACACACAAGAGUUAAAUUAAAAAGCACUCUCUUGAAAUGCAAUAAUCUUUUUUAGAACUCUAUCUAUUUAAAAAUUUAUAAUAUGUACAUAAGUAUAUUUUUUUAAAGUAAAGGCUUCUUUAACUGUAUAAUUAAUAACAUAUAAAUAAUAAUGGCUUACAUGCCACUACCUCACUGGAAUUUAUUAAUGCAAAACAAUGCCUUUGAGUAAAUCCCACCCUAAUACAAUUUGAUUAUUAGAAAUUAAAUUAUUAUUUAUCUUUUAGAUGGGUAUUAUUAAGAAAUAUAAUUACAUACUGUUUUUGUUUCCUGUCGGUCGAUAGCGAUUGAUACGAAUGCGCUUAAUUGAUAAGAUGACUGGUGAUAAUAUCAUCAUCCAAUCACGGAUAAUAUCAAUUGUAAUUAUAAUAUGUAUUAAAUUUCUAUCACAAAUGUUCA